ACUUAACCAUGAAAACAUAUGAUAGACUCACAAAACUUGUCGAUCAUAUUGAAAACUUUUCGAUCACUUUGUUAGAGGUAGCUCCGAAUCUGUAUUCAGAGCGUUUGGUUAUACACCAUCUUAAUAAGUAGAAACAAUCGACGCCUCUUCUCUCUCAACCCUCCGACGCUCCACUCCUCCACAGCUCUCCUGCUUCGCAUCUCCGGCGCCACCCUCCUACACCUUCGCAUCUCCGUCGCUACCCUCCGGCGCCACCGUCGCAUAGCAGAUGUCGCUCCAGGCUGUUUAGAAACCACCCAAGAAACAUGGAUUUGCAAGGAAUCGAUCAACUUCCGAUGCGGAUUUUUCAGCUGUGUGCCAUUCAUAUGUAUGAAUAAUUCAGACCCUGAAGAAUUCCUAGGAACUUUAUACAUUAAAGAAAGUUCAAUGCGAAAAUCAAUUUCCCAAGCUCUUGUCUUUCUAUAACCCUAGCUAAAGAUGGCGUUAUUACUCCGUUUCUCUCGAUCUUCUCGUUAUCUUCAACCCUUGCAUCAGCAUAUCUCACUCACACUCUCUCAAUCCAUUUCCCCUCAUCUAACAAAUCCCCCACCUCCAAAACCUAGUUUAAACCACUAUUACUCUGACCACAGACAAAAUCACGAAUUUUACAUUCCUAAUUUUGAUAACUCCAAGUUUAAAUACUUUGAUUUGAUUAGAUUAGGCCAGAGUUGUGGCAUUUCCACGUCUUCGCAUAGUUUAAGGGAUGAAGAAGAAAAGGCAAAACGUGAUGAGGAGUUGAAGAACAACAAGGGUUCUUCUUCUUCUUCUUCUUCUGUAUCUUGGAUUGAUUUGUAUUUGCCUGAAAAGAUUCGGCCCUAUGCACAUCUUGCUCGGCUGGAUAAGCCUAUUGGGACUUGGUUACUAGCCUGGCCAUGUAUGUGGUCAAUCACAUUAGCAGCCUCCCCUGGAAACCUUCCUGAUAUGAAGAUGUUGACACUAUUUGGUUGUGGAGCUUUUCUAUUAAGGGGUGCUGGAUGUACUAUCAAUGAUCUGCUUGAUCGAGAUAUUGAUACAAAGGUGGAACGAACGAAGUCAAGGCCAAUUGCAAGUGGUGCAUUAACACCAUUUCAAGGGGUUUCUUUUCUUGGUUUUCAAUUGCUUUUGGGUCUUGGUAUCCUUCUUCAGCUUAACAACUAUAGCCGCAUAUUGGGUGCUUCAUCAUUGCUACUUGUCUUUUCGUAUCCCCUUAUGAAAAGGAUUACAUUUUGGCCUCAAGCAUAUCUUGGUUUAACUUUUAAUUGGGGAGCCUUACUAGGAUGGUCUGCCAUUAGAGGAAGCCUAGAUCCUGCUGUUGUUUUGCCUCUGUAUCUUUCUGGUGUGUUUUGGACACUUGUCUACGAUACAAUAUACGCCCAUCAGGAUAAAGAAGAUGAUAAGUUAGUUGGAGUUAAGUCUACAGCCUUGAGAUUUGGGGAUUCCACAAAGAAAUGGGUAACUGGAUUCGGAGUUGCUUGCAUUUGUAGCCUUGCACUCAGUGGCUUCAAUGCAAAUCUUGGAUGGCCAUAUUAUGUGUUUUUGACAGGGGCAUCAAGCCAGUUAGCAUGGCAAAUUUGGACAGUAGACACGUCAUCUGGAGCCGAUUGCAGUAGAAAAUUUGUGUCAAACAAGUGGUUUGGAGCUAUUGUGUUUGGUGGCAUUCUGGUGGGCAGAUUAUCGUCAUAAUGAUAAUGUUCUUUUGAGCUUCUUAUGGCGAAAGAUUUUUGAAAAUAUUUGUUAUUUAUAGGCCCAUUUAUAUUAGAUACAUUCAAAGUAAACUGUAAAAGUGAAACCACAUAUAAAAGAUGUGGAAUUUUCUGUUAGUUUGAAGGAACGACAAUGUAAUAGAGGAGUAUGGAGAAAUGAAAAGAAAGAAAUGGAAUUUAUUCUAUUUCUCUUGUUUGUAUAACAUAAGGAAUGCAGAAAUUAGAAAUAAAAGUGAUUCCCUUUCCCAGUU